CGCCCGGGUCGGUCGGAGGGCGGGUGUGGCCGAGGGGCGCGGCCCGGGGCGGGCGCCUGGGGCGCCGGCCCGAUGCGGCGGGUGACGGCGGGUGACAGCGGGCGGGGCGGCGGGCGGCGCGGAGUGCACGCCCUCCGCUCGGCCGGGCCGGGAGGGUCCUCGGGCUCCGUGCGCGCGGGGCCGGCCGGGCGGGCGCAGACACUCCACUCGGACGCGGCGCCAUGCGCGGGCCGCUCGCCUGGCCGCUGCGCCUGCUCGUGAGGCGGGGCCCGCUCACCUUCGCGUGGACCCCGGCCGCCCGCGCCCCCGUGUCCCGGCCGCUGCCGACCGGCCUGGGGCCCCCGCGGCUCUGGUGCGCCGGGCCCGGCCCCCUUGGAGGUGCGGGAGCCGCGCGCAGCCUGCGCUGCUGGGCGAGCAGCUGCCCGGGCGGGGGUCCCGGCGGGGGUCCCGGCGGCGGAGCGGGUCUGGCGCGGCUCCUGCUGCUGCGGGCGCGGCCCCCCGGAGCCCCCAGCCUCCCGCGCGCCCUGCUCUCCGGCGGCCCAGCCGGCGGCGCCCGCGCGGGGGGCGAGGCCUGGCGGCGCGGACCGGCGGUGCCUGAGGCCGCGGUGGCUCCGAGGGACGACUCUCCGCUGCGCCCCGCGGCGGCCGGGCGCUCGGAGGCACAGAAGCUGCUGGGGCUGGCGUACCCCGAGCGCCGGAGACUGGCAGCCGCGGUCGGCUUCCUGGCCGUGUCCAGCGUCAUCACCAUGUCGGCGCCCUUCUUCCUGGGGAAGAUCAUCGACGUCAUUUACACCAACCCCGCCGGGGACUACACCAGCAGCCUCACCCGCCUCUGCCUGACCCUCAGCGGCGUGUUCCUGUGCGGAGCGGCGGCCAACGCUGUCCGUGUCUACCUCAUGCAAACCUCAGGGCAGCGCAUCGUGAACCGGCUGCGAGCCUCCUUGUUCUCCUCCGUCCUGAGGCAGGAGGUGGCUUUCUUCGACAAGACGCGCACGGGCGAGCUGGUCAACCGCCUGUCCUCGGACACCGCGCUCCUGGGCCGCUCGGUGACGGAAAACCUCUCGGACGGGCUCCGGGCCGGGGCCCAGGCCUCCGUCGGGAUUGGCAUGAUGUUUUUUGUCUCGCCUCAUCUGGCCACCUUUGUUCUGAGUGUGGUGCCUCCAAUAUCCAUCCUCGCCGUGGUGUAUGGACGCUAUCUGCGGAAACUGACCAAACUCACUCAGGACUCCCUGGCACAAGCCACCCAGCUAGCCGAGGAACGCAUCGGAAACAUCCGAACUGUCCGCGCUUUCGGGAAAGAGAUGACUGAAAUCGAGAAAUACACCAGCAAAGUGGACUUUGUGCUGCAGCUGGCGAGGAAGGAGGCCAUUGCUCGGGCCGGCUUCUUCGGAGCAACCGGGCUCUCGGGGAACCUGAUCGUGCUCUCCGUGCUGUACAAAGGCGGGCUGCUGAUGGGCAGCGCCCACAUGACCGUGGGGGAGCUCUCCUCCUUCCUCAUGUACGCUUUCUGGGUUGGACUGAGCAUCGGAGGUCUGAGCUCGUUCUACUCGGAGCUGAUGAAAGGCCUGGGCGCCGGGGGCCGCCUCUGGGAGCUGCUGGAGAGGAAGCCGGAGCUGCCUUUCAAUGAGGGGCUGACCCUGAACGAGAAGAGCUUCCAGGGUGCUCUGGAGUUCAGGAACGUGCACUUCUCCUACCCGGCCCGCCCGGAGGUGCCCAUCUUCCAGGACUUCAGCCUCUCCAUCCCCGCGGGGUCCGUCACGGCGCUGGUUGGCCCCAGUGGUUCUGGCAAGUCCACGGUGGUCUCACUCCUGCUGCGGCUGUACGACCCCCUGUCAGGGGCCAUCAGUCUGGACGGUCGUGACAUCCGCCAGCUGAACCCAGUCUGGCUGAGAUCCAAGAUCGGGACCGUCAGUCAGGAACCAAUUUUGUUUUCUUGCUCCAUCGCUGAGAACAUUGCGUACGGGGCAGAUGACCCCUCUGCGGUGACCGCCGAGCAGGUGGAGAAGGUGGCGGAAGUCGCCAACGCCACUGGGUUCAUCCGCAGCUUCCCGCAGGGGUUCAGCACGGUGGUCGGCGAGAAGGGCGUCCUCCUCUCAGGUGGGCAGAAGCAGCGGAUCGCCAUCGCCCGGGCGCUGCUGAAGAAUCCCAGAAUCCUCCUCCUGGAUGAAGCAACCAGCGCAUUGGAUGCUGAGAACGAGUACCUGGUGCAGGAAGCUCUAGACCGGCUCAUGGAAGGAAGAACCGUACUGAUCAUUGCCCAUCGUCUGUCCACCAUCAAGAACGCUAACAUGGUGGCUGUUCUGGACCGAGGGAAAAUCAUCGAGUGUGGGAAACAUGAAGAGCUGCUUGCCAAACCCGACGGGAUAUACCGGAAAUUAAUGAACAAACAAAGCUUCAUUUCCACAUAAAGAAGCAAUUGCUGGCAAAGGGAAUACGAGACACUUUAAGACACAACAGCAUUGCAGGGGGGAAUUUCUUAGAGAUGGUAUGGAAUCUAAAUCAGACUUCAAGUUCUUUGAAAUAUGCCUAUUUUUCCCAAAGUAUAUAAACUAUUGUUUUGAGAUGAACCUGUUCUUAAGACCUUUACAGCCAGAGUUUUAAUAAUUACAACUUUCUAAAUGUCUAUAGCACUGAAGUUAUUUUCAGGUUUUAUACUUUAUUUUAUCUUGGGAUGUUUUCAUACAGCAUGGCACCUCAUUUUUUUUUUUUUUUUUUUUUUUUUUUUUUACCUGCUGUUCGAGAUGGAAGCUGUUGUCAAAUGACAAUUUUAAAAGGGAAUUAUAAAUUUAAAAGCCUAAUUAUUUUAGGCCAGUCUGCCAAUCACUGUGUAGUUCUCUCGGUAGCAUUCUGCCCUCUUGGGUGGAAUGGUACUGAGUUGUGUCAUAGAAGAUGAAAACCUCGCCAUCUAUUUUAUCCUCAUCUCAUGGAGUGAACCCGGGUGUCAUACACAGAGCCGGUGACUGUCUCCUGGCGAGAAGGGGGCGUUUACAUUCUCCCUCCCCUGCAUCUUCAGAGGCGUGAGAGCUCAGGAGGCCAUGUCCCUCUUGCCGAGGCUGUGUGUGGGUGUGUGGUUUUUCCAGGAAAACUUCUAUUUGCAUUGCUCACACAUUUCUUUCCGAGAGCCCCAUGGAAAGAGGCGUGGACUGCCAGGCAUCAUCUAGAAAGAUGUAAAGAUGAAUUUUAUGUGAUGUUGCCUAAGGCGCGUUCUGAAAAUUGGAUUUUAAACAUGUAUAAGCCCUAGCCCAAAUUGUACAGCCUUUUCUCAGUUACUUAAAUACAUUUGAAAUGUCACCUAAUGAGGCUAACAUCCGAAUGAUGUAGCUAUCAUUUUCAAGCUUAAAGCAUUUGAAGAAGGUUUAGACAUUCUUGCUAUUCUACAGAAUGCCAAGAAACCUUGAGAACUCGUCAGUCUUCUGAAAAGAGGACGUUAAUAACUUUUUCUUCUACUUACGACUAUAGUUUCCUUUACCUCAGAAAUCAUAAAGCAAUGCUGACAGCCACCAGAUUUGCCAAAUUUCGCGUCAGUGCUGAUCAUUUGCUCUUGCCUCAAGAAAAAAGUGGGGGUUUUUUCUGCAUUGGUGACACCACACCUAAGAAGUAACUGCAUUGAGUUAAUUCAGAUGGAAGUUUUCCCCUGUACUAAGCAAUCCUUAGCUUCCUGGUUAGACUGGAAGAGGAAUCCACGAUUCCAUGAUAAGCAUGGAGUCCUAUAUUUCCUUCUACAUCAGGGAAUUCAUUCAUGAAUGUGCAAACUGAGUGUUUUGGGUUGGUGAGCAGUACAUCUGUCGCCAUCAUUUGAACAGACUUCACUGUGACGGUGUGGCUGAGCAGCUACAGAGCUGGGCGUGAGGGAAGUCUGGGCCAUUGAAGGACUCACAAAACCGAACUUGAUCAUUAUGUGUAUUUUCUAACACAAGAUAUGCAGCGUGUCUUUAGGUAACAUUUAUAUCGUGGAUUAAAAUUUAUAGUGAACUUU